GAAAGACGAGCGGCCAGCAGUAAUGGCGUUCCCAAACAUGUUCCUUCCUCGUCAAGGUAGACAGCUCUUCUUUCCUUGCAGUGCCUCGUGCUCAGAACCCUCACCAUGUCUUUCCCAAGCUUCAAGUUUCACCCUCUCUCAUUCAACCCUGACCUCUCUACCACAUCUCACUCAAGUUUCGUGUAUCUCUCAGUUCACAUCCUUAGCCUUCUCACCAAGUCCACUGGCACCACAGCUGGAGUCAGGUCUGAGCCAUGGAUGGUCUGCCUCCAGCUCCAGAACCCAGGGCCAAUGGGAAUACAGUGGUGACCUCCCUUGUCGAAGAGGUCAACGCCCGUGCGGCCAACGACCCGCCGGCUACCUCUAGCUGGACAGAGUACCCUCUGGCGGAGGGUGACUGGAUCAUUAUCAACGAGUACCUCGCCAGCCUUGCUGCGCCAAUCCAUUAUGGCUACUUCUGUCGCACCGGGACCUUCGUUCACCAAGUGCCCUCCCCAUGUCACGAAUUGUUGAAACAAUGCUUCGUUCGGACUCUCAAGAUGAAGCUGAGGAGAUUGUGCUCUGAGAACGAAGUACGGUCGUUUGCAGAGAGAAUCACGGAAGUCGCUCCACCUGAAUCGAAAGCAGGAUCCAAGUCCAGCCGUGAUCUACACCAACCGGACAUCUUCUUCUCCCACGUUUGCCUACCAAGAUAUGGCAUCCCUGUUGAAAUUGCCUAUGGGCAGAAGCGGAACAGGCUGCAUGAACUAGCUGAGUUCUAUAUUCUCAAAAGUAACCGAAAGACCCGAUUGUUCAUCGCCAUCGACUACGACCACGGUCACACCAGCAAAGUCACCCUUCGUACAUGGAGACGAGACUACACUGACCCUACCGGCUUACGUCUGAGAUGCCGGGUUCAAGAGCUCCGACGUGAGGAUAGCACCCUCAUUCCUGGCCUCCCUCUUCGAGUAUGCCUGCUCGACCUCGCCCGCCAAGAACUCAUUCCACCAUUCUUACACGGCCGAGACAUUGAACUGUCGGUGGAUGAACUUGGUUCUGUUCUCCAGGAGGCCGACUCUGGGGAAGAGAUAGUCGAGGAGGACUCUGAUUCUGAGAGCUCGACAUCAGAUGAUCUAGAUGGCACCGAGGAUACAACCGACGAGGAAUGGCCAUUCGAGAGGCCAGGAUUGAUUCCCUUUCCGCAGUAGACACAGCAGCGGGAUCUGCACCUCCGUCGCCCUCCGCAAAGUUCACGACACCACCCUGAGUCAUACCAUGGCCCGAAACUUGACACAGAAGAAGCAAAGAAAAGAAGGAGUACUCGACAGACGACCACCUACACGACUAUUCACUUGCGACGACACAUAUCAUACCCCAACAGCGUCAAGGAUGAUGCACAUGGAGUUAUUGGGCUUUCGCAGAAUAUUAUUCUUUACCAGUAUAAUUAUGACGGGCUGUCGCUUGACAUGCUAGCUCCUUCGGACGCUUCACAUUCUUACCUUG